UAACAGUAUAAGAAGUGGUGUGGUCGGUCGGUCGGUGUGGUAUGAUGGUUUAUAUGUAUAAAGAUUGUGAGCUUAUGAAUGUGAGUCAACAGUGGCAGUGUGAUUGUGACUGUGGAGCCUAGGUUCUACGCGGUUCUGCUCGGCUCCAUAGAUUGCUUAUUAUUGUUAAAUACACGCCUCUUCCUGGAAGUGUCAAAUCGUACCUUGAACGACAGUUGUAGGAGUUUUCAACCCAUUUCAACCGCGGAAUUCACAGCACAUUGCGCAGUGACUAGACGGUUAUUUUAAUUGAUUUCACGAUCGUACGCUACAUGUAGAAGAUUGGAUCUGCUGUUUUUGCCUGACUGCUCGUUAUAUCGCAAAAUAUUUACAAAAAAUGGCCAGUGACGCAAUAAUCUUAUUACCCUGGGAGAUAAUCGUGCACAUCUUAGAAGAUACACAACUAGGCUUUACGGAUGUGAUUAACUUUGGCUCGACAUGCACCACCUUCAACAAAAUUAUUAACAGCAGCAACAACCUUUGGAGGGCCAAAUUCUUUCAAAAAUGGCCGCUUUUGGAGCAAAUAUAUCUCACAGAAGUAUAUCCAAUAUUACCAGUUAAAACUGUAAUAAACUGGAAAGACGAAGUAAAAAUUGGUUUGGAAACUAGAAGAAAAUUGUUAGAUCUCUUAUUUGCAAUGUCUAGUAAACAUUAUAUGGAACGAGAAUUAUGUUGGUCAGUAUUUAAAGAAUAUGAUCCUUUGUUCCGUCCUGAGCAAGGUGCCUAUCCAUUAGCUUACCACUUUUUAGUGGAUGAACUUAUCAAUUUUAUUCAAUCUCCUGCUAUUGCCAGCAAUUUAACACAUAGGUAUUAUGCUUUCCAAGUUAUUAGAUAUUUGAGACAAAGUCGUUUAAAAGAUGAAUGGUCGAAAUUUAUAUCUAUGUCACCAACGCAACAAACAUUGGAACGUGCUGCAACUUUUGUAGCACAAUGGAGUCAACCAGAAAGACAUAUAUCAUAUUCGACAAUAUCAUUAACAUUAGAUAGUAUUGCUAUGCUAACUAAAGAACUACUUAAGGAACAAAAUCCAACUCAUCCAAUAUUCUCAACACCGAAAGAGACAUUAGAUUCCUGGAAGAACAAUAUUGUCGAUGACAAUCAAUGGAGCAUCCCAGAAACAAGACAGAUAAUUGAUGCGUUGCGCGUAGUAUUAUUUGAGAAAUUAGGUUUUUGUGGGAACACUGAAAUGUAUUACUCAUCGGAGAAUUCCUUUAUAGAUCGCGUUCUAAUAUACAGACGUGGAAUUCCGAUAACUCUAGAAAUAGUAUUUGAAAGUGUUGCUCGAAGGCUCGGUAUACUCUGUGAGCCUGUUAGUUUUCCGUCACAUUUUCUAUUACGAUGGAAAGAGUCAUAUGGUCCAGAAUCUGCGAACGCAGAAAGUUUUUAUGUCGACGUUUUCAAUGGUGGUCGAUUUAUAACUAAGAAGAACUGUCCCAAAAUCGGCAGCGUUGCAAGAUGUCCAAUAGAGAAAUAUAACGUUUACGAAGCAGCGAAUGCUGUAGAAGUAGUAACGAAGAUGGCGAACAGCUUAGUAGUAGCUGCUAGACAACACACGUAUGCUAGAACUGUAAGAUUGCGUUCUGCCUUGGAAUUGUUGUGUAUGGUACAACCGAGGGACACGGACGCUCUUUCACAAUUGACUCGAUUAUAUACUUCCCAGCAAAUGGAUAUAACCGAAUUCUUAAAAGAUGUGCAGAAGAUGGGUCUUGUGAUGUAUGAUUUUCUGACGGUCGAAAAUUACAAGCAUACAAUACACCCGGAGUUUGUGCGACCAAAUAAAAGAUUUCCCAGUAUAAAGUACGCAGUAGGAUUGAUAAUGAAACACAAAAUACAUGGAUACUUGUGUGUGAUAACUGGAUGGAGCGCUUGCUGUGAAGAUAGCAGUCUAGAAAUGGAAAUGGUAUACGAAGGGGAUGAAGAUGAUUUGAACGAGCAUGAGGAACAACCAUUUUAUAAUAUAUUAGUGAACAAUGGAUCAUAUUAUUACGCAACUCAAGAUAAUUUAAUGUUGGCGGCAAACCCAGAAUGGAUAAAAAAUCACGCAAUCGGCAGAUUUUUCGAAAAAUACAAUGAUACUCAUUAUCUACCAAACGAAGAAACAAGGAGACGAUAUCCGGAAGACGAAGAAGUUCGCAACCAGCUAUUGCUUACACAGAUGCUAUCUGGUUAUAUGACGUGUAAGAAAUACAUGUCCAUGGGAACGUAAGAUAAUUUCCAUAUUAGAUAUCUUCUACAAUAUUAAAUAAAAUGAGGAUUAGUCGUAUUUUUAUAAAACAAUAAUUUUAUAUUGGUUAUGCAAUGUUCCAAUCGACUUCAACUACUGUUUGCAAAAUUUGUAUUACUUCUUAAGAUAUUUAUUGCAUAAACCAAAAAAGAAAAAGCUGAUUGAUUUACAUCAUAGUAUUAAACAUGUACGUGAAAAUGAAAGUGACGUAAGUCACCUUUCCCUUAUACUAGACUUGAUUUACUUUUAUAUCCCCGACAAUAGAAAUUAAAUAUUUCAUGCUGAGUAGAAGCAUCACAAGCCAAUCCGACUUUGAUUUUAAAUAUUUCGAAACGAGUAGAAAUUAAUUUAAUAUUUCCAUUCUCACGUACACAAAUAUACAACUAAAACUGUAUGUAUUAAAGUUUGUUUAGUGAAAUUUAUAGACGAUUUCGUGUAGAUUAUCUCUAUUAUGUAAAUAUCUUCACAUGUAUCAGUUUUUUAUUUAUUCGAAGUGACGAGUUAUGGUGUAUUAACGCGCUUAGUUAUAUUAUAUAAUGGUAAUUCGUAUUGUAAAGAAGUGAAUGAAAGUUUUUUAACUAUUUCAAAUUCAGUAUAAACGCGGUUGUGAUGAUACUGUACAAUAAUUAUUUUAAAAACAUGGAACACCUAACUCUUAAUCACGUUCUUGUGUAAUAUAAAUAUGUACGAUAGUUUUUAUCUGUGAUAAGAGUGAGACGUGUUUUCAUGUAUUGGCAACAUUUAUUCUAUUAUACGUAUAAGUGUAACGCGAAUUUUAUAAGCACCAAAACCUGGGCUGUAAUUCAGAGACUCGUGCUUUUCAAUAAAUAGAAUAUUUCAAUCAGUAA